AUGGGCUUGUUCGGCAGCUCUGGCAAGAACAACGGGAAGCUCACCCCCGGUGCUUCCUCCUCCUCCGCCGCCGACGCCUGCCCGCCCCGCCAGGCAGCGGCUGCACAUUCCGGCAGGCACUCUGCCGUGCCCAGCGGCACGGUAGAGGAGCCGGUUCCCCCGCUGCCCCCGCGCCACUCCACUGCCUCGCGUCAUUCCCAACUCCGGCCGCCGAUCCAGCGCGCCGCGCGACGCGCCGGUGGUCAUGCUGGUCGCCGUCACCAGCGACCUCGCCGCCGCCCCGUCACCAGCGACCGAGCCGCCUCCCCAUCCGCCCUCGUUCACCGUCCCACCCCCUCUUCAGCGCCGGCAGGGCGUCUCCGCGCUCGCCGCGUCUAUGGGCAUCGCCAUCGGCCUCUCCUCUCCGGCACCGGCAGGGCGACACCGCAAGCGACGCGCGGGAGCAGCUCCAGCUCGAGGGGAUGCGGUUGUGGCGGAGGCCGAGUGCCGUCUACUCGCCUUCAUCGCCGCGGCGAGCAUCGAGGCUGUGUCCCUCUACGAGCUCUUCACGCGGCGCUAACCGUCGGCCCUCCACUGCGCUCUAAUCCCCCUCCCUCUGCAAGCUACUCGUCGGCCGGCACCACUCCAUCCAACUGGGCGACGCGCAGUGGCCGGAUGCCGGCGACGACGUCGAGGAGUCCAUGCGCGGCAGAGGGUUGGCGAUGCGUCCCCCAACCCGGGACGACGACGACUUCACCUCCGUGCGUGAGGAGACGGCUGUGCCAGCCCUCCCUUCCUCACCUUACCUUAGUCUGCGCACACCAGGCAAGGCGGAUUCGCGCCGUCGUCAAGGGCUCGCGCGCCGCUUCCUCGUCUGCUUCUGAUCCGCCGUGGAGGCGUGCGCCGUGCCUUGGGCUUGCAGCAAAGCUUAGGUCCAACGUGCAGACUGCAGCCAGUCCGCCCAUGUCUCAACACAUCACACUGAAUUGUUGAUGAAUGAAGAGGGGGGCGUCUUGAAGCUGCAUUCUUCAUGGUCUUUCUUCUCCAGGGAAGCAGAGCGUCCACGCAUUCUCUCCCAGGAGGUAUAAAUCAAAUCCCGCUCUGUCGUGCUAGGUCAUUUCCGUUUGGGGGUUUUAGGUAUGUUGUCAACGAUGGCAAAUUCGAGCCGGAUCAGUCUGGGGUGUGAUAUGGCUGAAAAUUGAGGCAGAGAUGAGAUGGAUCUUUUAGUUUCCUCACACUUUGUUGGUGGAGUAGAUGCAUCACAGAUUCACAAUGUAUAUUGGGAAGUACAGUAGUUGUUUUGUUCAUGGUGUUUUUGAUGGGUCUUUUCCUCUGAUCUAACCAUGUAUAGGGGAAGUAGUUGUUUUGUUCACUGAUGGUUGUCCAUUUCUGUAAAUUGUCUAUAAUGUGAUUCUGCCAUAGCAAAUCUUCAACAUAUCUUGCUAUGGGUAGCUCAAGAUCGAGUUUGCCAUGGCAAACUUAAAGA